CUUCACUGAAUGACCCUCAACCAGUUUCCAUGGCAACGGCGAGUUAUUUUGCUCUUUUAAUAUACCCGGAGGACUAAUGUUAACUACAAGCGAAUAAUUUACCGUCGCUAAGCCAUAAACACACGCUGGACGAAUGCACUGCGAUGCUUGUGGGACGCGGCGGCUGUUUUGAAUCACGAGCGCCGAGUGACAGCUAGCGGAGAGUCUAUCAGACAUACACAGAUACCAAAAUAGGAGCUCGGCAUUCUUCAGUGACUGAGGCUAAAUACAGGACACACAUGUCUCUGUCCGAGGAGAAGUCUUACUGUGCUGGGGAUCAAACUUCAACACGCUGAAAGAGUAGCGACAAUUAUUAGACAGUUGCAAUGUCAGGGAAAGGUCAAAGCAGUUACUCGUACGAUUUCUGUGAUGAGACUCAUUCAUCUGAAGUGCUAGAGGUUCUCCACGAGUUUCACAUCAGCGGUUUGUUCACAGACAUCACCCUUCGAUCUUCAUCAGGGCAGAUCUUCCACUGUCACAAGGUGGUGCUAUCCGCACGCAGCUCCUACUUCAAGUCAAUGUUCACAUUAGACAUGAGGGAGCGAACGAAUGACAUCAUCAACCUGCCUUGUAUAGAUGGAGCUACUCUAGGUUCUUUGAUAAACUACGUUUACACCUCAAAAGUCAGAAUAACCCAAAGCAAUGUUCAGAGUCUCCUGGAGGCUGCAGACCUUCUUCAGUUCAGCUCUGUCAAAAAAGCCUGCGAGAACUUUCUGAUUCGCCUGUUGGACAUCGAUAACUGCCUCGAGAUGCACUCAUUCGCCGAGCUUCACGUGUGCACCACCCUGCAGCGUGAAGCUCGGAGGGUCAUGUUCGGACGUUUCUUGGAGCUCACGAAUCAGGAGGAGUUUCAUGAGGUUGAACUUCCGACGCUCAAGAUGAUAUUAACCACCGAGAACCUCAACGUCUGGAAAGAAGAGAUGUUAUUGGAGGCAGUGGUGAAGUGGGUCGCUCAUGACACGGUGACUCGAGUUGACCACCUUCAGGAGCUUCUCAGCUGCGUUAAGUUCGAGGUGGAUGAUGUCUACCUCAGAUCUGCUUUGUAUGUGCUCAGACAUUGCUCUGAAAACCAACUGCGAUCUCUGAUCGUCAGUUCUUUAAAGCCAAGCAAAGAUUUCUCCCACUGCUGCAAGACGCUAACAAGCAACUUGUUCAUUAUAGGUGGAUAUUACUGGCAUCCAUUGUGUGAAGUACACAUAUGGGACCCUGUUUCCAACACGUGGACUGAAAAAAAGAGCAUGCCUGAUUUCGCAAGGGAGAGUUAUAGUGUUGUACUUUUGGGUCCUAAUGUCUAUGUGACUGGGGGCUACAGGACAGAAACCGUGGAUGCCUUAGACGCUGUAUGGAUUUAUGACACAGACACAGAUGAAUGGACAGAAGGAUGUCAAAUGCUCACAGCCAGGUAUUAUCACUGCUCUGUGGCGUUACGGGGAUGCAUAUAUGCCAUAGGUGGAUACACAGGAGGCGCUCCGACACGAGGAACUGAAUAUUAUGACCCUUUGAAAAAGAAUUGGUUCCCUGUGGCAGAUAUGGUACAAGGUGUUGGAAAUGCUAGUGCUUGUGUAGUAAAUGACAGAAUCUAUGUUACCGGAGGGCAUCAUGGGUACAGAGGAAGCUGCACUUAUGAGAAGAUUCAGAUGUACAGGGCAGAUAUCAAUGAAUGGAGCAUUAUAACAACAUGUCCACAUCCUGAGUAUGGCCUGUGCUCUGUAUCAUUAAACAAUAAACUUUAUCUGGUCGGCGGUCAGACCACCAUCACAGACUGUUACGACCCCGAGCAGAACGAAUGGAGGCAGAUGUCAGAGACGAAGGAGGUAAGGAUGGAGUGUGGAGCUGCAGUUAUACACGGAUGCAUCUACGUAGCAGGUGGAUAUUCAUACUCAAAGGGUUCGUACCUGCCAAGCAUAGAGAGGUAUGACCCUGAGACGGAUUGUUGGGAGAUAGUGGGAAACCUUCCAUCGGCUUCCCGCUCACACGGCUGCGUUUGUGUGUUUAGUGUGUGAAAUCAUUACUGAUGUUAUAAUCACUAGAUCUGUGGCUUCAGAUCAUUCUGGUCACUGAUGGUGUCAAUGUGAUAACAUCUUUACAUGUGUGAGAAACGGUUUGGCCUGUUUUCUGCUAAGGAAAGGAUAUUUCAAAAUAUGUACUCAAUAGCACAACAGAUAAGAGCACUUCUGUUAACCACAUACAGUAGUUUUCAACAUAAAUAGUGAAGGUCAUAUGCAGAAGGAAACGACAAAGAUAAAUGCAAACAGUAAAAUGAUAUGAACCGUAUAAUUUUGCAUUGGUACGAAGGCAAAAUAACAACUCAUUUGUUGUUAAUGAUAACGUCACAGGCGGUGCAUCCAAUUGAAGACAACUUUAUUUUUUAAUAAAUGAAUCUGUCACUUGGUAAAACAGCCAAUGGAGGCAGAGGACAACAUGAUCAAAACAAUAUGUGGAAAUCGCGGAGGGAGAUCAAGACCCACUCCAACUGAGGGUUGUCCCCACUAAAAAUAUCAUUAAAAAACAUGUUGUUAAUAAUAUGAUAAAUACCACAGAUAAUGCUGACUAGUUAUGACAAAAAAAGAUAACCAAUGUAUUUUUCCUUGAACAUUUUUAUGUUUAUUGUCCCCUCAACUGUUAGAAGAAAUUUACACACACAAAUCAAAACUAUACUAGAUAACACAAGUAAAUCUGACUGCAUUAAAUAUGUGGGUAACAC